AUGGCGACGUACCCUGAAAUGAACAACAAUGGCGUCUCCUACGAGUAUCACCAGCACAACCAGGAGGCAGCGGAAGGCGCCUACCACCAUCCAGGGACGCCUCGUCACGGAAAUCGCGCUCCCCGAACCAUGGUGGAGAACGUUCGCGACGAGGGAGUCUACGAUCCUCAUCACGACCACCAAAUGGAGGCUGGAGAAACGUUUCAAGGAUCGGACGAUGAAUUGCAGUUUGGAUCUGGUGGACUUGGAGAAGUUGAAAGGAUUACUCAACUGGCAGAGCAGAAGCUGCAGGAAGUCCUCGAAGCAAAGAGAGACAUCACUCUUGGAUUGCACGAAUCUUUGGUUCUCUUUUUGCAGGAGGCGGACCAAAUCCACCACGAGUUGGUGCAAAUCUCGUCGGCUGUGUCAACCGAAGCGACACGAAUCCAGCAAUUGCAACCCCAAAUCCAAACCGCCACUCGAAGCAUUUCGGCGGCUACAAAUGGUGGUGGCGUCGCCUACAACAACGGGGAGUAA